AUGCGUAUAAUAGUUCAUCAUCAAUUCACUAUUAUUUCAACGUAUUCGCCUUCUCGUACAAGAAUUGAAUUGAAUUGUUCCCGUAAUAAUUGUUUCCAAGUGUAUCACGCUUGUGAGUAGCCUGUGUUGAUUUACCUUUUAUUUCAAGUAACCACAGAAAAAAAAAUCUAAUGAGGUUGAAUCUGGCGACCUAGCUGGAGAAAAUAACACAUCGUAUUAUACGUUACGCUGGUAUAGUUCAAGUAAACGUUAUAGUGCAACAUACCAUCCAACAGUUCCCCUUUGAUAAUAUAGUUAGGAUUCAAAAAUGUCAUUCAAGGAAUUCUUUUACAAGUGUUCCUUGUUUCUUCUUCGUAUUCUUCGAGCAAUUACCCACCCUAUUCUGGUAUGUAAAGCAAAAGGUAAAAAACAGGUCUUGCCACCUAUCAAGAACGAUGUACUCAAAAUAAGUGCCACUGAUUUAGCCAGAAAAAUAAGAAGAAAAGAGCUUUCGAGUUUAGAAGUAUGCAAAGCAUAUAUAGACCGUAUACAAGAAGUAAACCCUAUCUUGAACGCUGUCGUCGAAGACAGAUUUGAACUUGCAAUAAUGGAUGCUAGGAAUACUGAUAUUUACUUAUCAACAUGUACACUAAGUGAAAAGGAACUGGAAGAAACCAAGCCGUUAUUGGGUGUUCCACUAACUGUCAAGGAAAGCUGUUGUCUGAAAGGUUUGGAAUACUCCGUAGGCCAUUUUCCAAAAGCAGGAACAAAGGCUGAAACUGAUAGUGAAAUUGUUGCCAGACUGAAAGCUAGCGGAGCCAUUCCAUUACUAGUAUCCAACAACCCCGAGCUAUGCAUGUCUAUAGAAGCUUACAAUUUGAUUACGGGCACUACCAACAACCCCUAUGACACAACUUGUACCUGUGGAGGUUCAUCAGGUGGAGAAGGAGCUCUGUUAGGAGCUGGAGCCUCUGUUAUUGGUUUGGGUUCGGACUUUGCUGGAUCUGUCAGGAUUCCUGCAGCUUACAAUUGUGUUUAUGGACACAAGCCUACUCCAAGAAUUGCUUCUAUAAAAGGUCAUAUGCCCUAUGUUGAAUAUGGAAAGUUUAAAGAUAUAAUGGUUCUGGGACCGAUGACCAGAUAUGUGGAAGAUCUUAAAUUGAUGAUGAACGUUAUAGUUGAUCCUGGUCAGACAAAAAAUCUCAGACUGAAUGAAAAGGUUGACAUCAGUAAGUUGAACGUGUUCUUUAUGGAGGAUUCGGGAGAUUUUCUUAUACCGAGUGUAGAUCCCGAAAUAAAGAAAGCAGUGAAAGCUGCUGCUCAGUAUUUGGAAAGACAGUGUGGUUCAACAAUUAUGAGAAAUGAGAAACUGCCAGUCAAAGACGCAAUGACUGUUUUUGCUGUAUAUUUGACUACUACGGAAGGUAUUCCUGAUCCUUUGAGAAAAGGCGAUAUCCUAGUACUGGAGAUGUUCAAAGCUUUGUUUGGUUGGUCAAAGUAUUCUCUACGUAUGUUAUACCUGCUGUUACAAACGAAUUUGAUUAAUAUUUUCAUUGACGACCAUUCAAAAGAAGUCGCUUCCCGGACUAAAACGUUUGAAAAUAAACUGGGCGACAAUGGUGUGUUCCUGUUCCCUACUAUGGGUGCAUCUGCGAGCAAACACGAUGAAUAUAUAACGACUUUUCCGUAUCUUUCUUACCCAAUGGUAGCAAAUACAUUAAAACUACCUGCUACCAGUAUACCUUGCGGAUUGAAUAAAGAUGGGUUGCCAAUUGGAAUACAGGUUAUGGCAGGCCCAAACCAAGAUCGCUUGUGUCUUGCUGUUGCUGAAGAACUUGAUAAAUACUUUGGCGGUUGGAUUCCUCCUUAUUGAAACAUAAAGUUUUCAUUUCAUCGAUUUUUUUCAAUACUUUGAGCUAGUUCUACUUUGAGCUACAUUUUGUUUCUAUAUUUCUCAAAUGAGUAGAAAAGGUAUUUUAUUUGUUUGUGGUAGGUUUACUAGGUUUCUAUUUGUCUUUCUGAAUAAUUGUCUGAUAAACCAAUUAAAACCCAUAUGUAGUU